AUGAGAAAGACACUUCUGCUCGUCUUUAUCCACGGCUUCAAGGGCGGCAAUGACACAUUCGGCAACUUCCCAGAGCAUCUGCGCGUGUUAGCUAGCAAAGCAUUGCCCGCGGUGGAUGUUGUCACGGCUGUCUACCCCAAGUAUGAGACCAAGGGUGACUUGAAGCAAUGCGUCGCAAAACUUCGAGACUGUCCAUGUCGUUCUAAUCGGCCACUCCAUGGGGGAAUUGUUGGAGCAGAAGCUUUACUUCUACUGGCAGCAGAGCAGCCCAUCCCACGAAACCCAACUUCGGACACCAAGGCUGGGCUAGCACCGAGCACCGAGUCUGUUGUGGAGCCGGGCACGUUUAUGUUCCCCCAUGUUCAAGGUGUGCUUGCGUUUGACACUCCCUUCCUUGGUAUAGCUCCUGGUGUUGUUUCGUACGGCGCGGAAGGGCACUAUCGCAAUGCAGCAACUGCCUACAACACAUUCUCCGAGGUUGCUGGAUUGUUCGGUUAUGGCGGCAAGGGUGAUGAAUCGAAUAGAGGAGCCAACGCUUCCACUUCGAAAGAGCCUUCAAAAUCUUUGCCUUCUCCUCCUGACGCUGCCGCAACACCCUCCUGGCAAAAAUGGGGCAAAUACGCCAUGUUUGCCGGUGCAGCCGGCGCUGUUGCUGCUGGCGGUGCAGCCAUGUAUACCCAGCGACAGAAACUGACUGAUGGUUUCGGGUGGGUGUCAUCGCAUUUGGAGUUCGUUGGUUGUCUCGCACGCACAACGGAGCUUCAUCAGCGGCUCGAGCGGUUGUCAAAUGUGAAGGGGGAGCGUGGGAUCGGGUGUGUCAACUUUUACACAUGUCUGGGGAAAGGUGCCACGUCUCUAGUGGAAAAUUCAUCAGCAAGCAACAACUCCUUCAGUCAAAAGAUCAUAAGGGCAAAGAACAGGACGUUCUGUUCAUUGCCAAAGGAGGUGGAAGCGGGUGAAGAAUCCCACAGCCCGGGACUUUUGUGGACAAAAGCUGUUAAUGACCAGGCUACCGACGAGACCAACGCACAUACUACCAUGUUCUUGUCUAAACAGAACCCUGCGUUUUUUGAGCUGCUCAGCGAGGCUUGUGCGGCACUCGUCGGGUCAGUAGACAAGGGCUGGUACGAGUCAUCCACAGAGCCAGCCAAGGAAGACAGCCAGCCAGCAAACACGCAGGAUGCAUCCACCAAAUCAAACGGGGAAUUCAUGGAUGGAGAUGACGUUGUGGUCAUUGAUUGA